AUGACCGUAAUGGUAAUCCCGGGCUCUGUUAUUUUCAGACGUGUCACCGAGGCUCCGGUACUCGCUCCCGGGAAUCCACUCCGGAAUAUUCAGCUUAGAGAAGCCCUUUCCUUGCCACAAGUGCGGGAGGUCUUACCGGAACAAAGGCUCUCUCAAGCGCCAUCUUCACGACGAGUGUGGGAAGCCGCCGCAGUACAUCUGCAGCAUCUGCGAGAAGGGGUUCAAGCAGAAGGCCAAUUUCCAGCGGCACAACGCUACUAUCCACGCUCAUCUUUUUUCCCCGGCGCCUUAAUAUUAUUGAAAUCUGAAUUGGAAGCUGAAGAAGAAGAAGAAGAAGAGCCGAGAUCUCCAGAGCCGCUGAUGAUUGUAGACACUUCCGAGGCGCUUCCAGCAGAGCCAGAUUCUUUUGAUAAUGACAACGCGUUUGAUCCACCUAUUGAAGAAAACGGCGAAGAAGAUGACCUGACGAUGAACCUCCAGAAGAUAACUGCGAUCUUGGACCCCCAGGAUCCUCUGGAGACUCCUGGCUCUUGUUUGGACGACAUUGCUAAUCUGGAGUACGAGGACGAGCUUGCGGACCCUGAUGAUCCUUCUACUUCCGAGUCUAGGAGACGCAGGAUUAAAAAACACGCUUGUCCGCAGUGCGACAGGAAGUACACUAACAAAAGCACUCUUAAUAGACAUCUUCGGGAAGAGUGCGGGAAGAAACCUCAGUAUACUUGUCGCUACUGUCACAAGUCCUUUAAACAGCGGUCCAAUUUCCAGAGACACAUUUGGACUAUUCACGGAUGCUUGCUCACUACUAUUGCUUAA